CUUCCCCCGGUCCUCUUCCGAAGUAGCCGCCGCCUUAUAUGUUCGAGCCUCGUCCUCGGCCGGGUCCCGGUAGCUCUCCCCCUUCUCUCUUCCCCCAAUUCCCGAACUCCGGUGCUACCCUUCUUGCCUUGGCAGCUAUUUGAUCCGAACACGUCUCGGCCGUAGCAUUUCGAGUGGAAUGCCAUCCUACUGCCUCCAAGACUGCCACUACUUCUACCGCACUGCCCUUCGCGGUCUGAACAUCAGCACCCACGUCUCGCCUCUUUACGCCUGAUAUCCGUCUCCGUCCUCGGCCCUGGCUGACGAGAAUGUCCACACAAGUCCGCACCUUCACACCGCCAAGGUCUCUUGGUGAGACCCUCAACGAAGCUCCUCUCGAGCUGUCCUCCUCCACGCCGCGCUCCGUUCCCGAGCUCCCCAGGCUAUCUAAGCCCGCCAUCGCCCCGUCUCUGAAGGCGCCUCACUUCGCCAUGUCGGACCCCUACCGCGACGAAAAGCGCAAGGGUGGAGUCACGUAUGCCCACCAGGACAGCCUUCCAAAGCUGCCCAUCCCAGAUCUCGAGUCCACCUGCGAGAAGUACCUGGCUGCCCUCAAGCCGCUCCAGUCUCCGAGGGAACAUGCAGAAACCAAGCGUGCCGUCGAGUCCUUUCUGAAAAACGAAGGGCCCGAGCUCCAGGAGAAGCUCAAGAAGUAUGCCGAAGCGAGGACGAGCUACAUCGAGCAGUUCUGGUAUGACUCCUAUCUCAACUUUGACAACCCCGUCGUCCUCAACCUGAACCCCUUCUUCCUGCUCGAGGAUGACCCGACGCCAGCCCGGAACAACCAGGUGACAAGGGCUGCUUCGCUCAUCGUCUCGGCCCUUGAGUUUGUGAGGGCGGUCCGCAAGGAAGAGCUGCCGCCAGACACGGUCAAGGGAACCACCCUGUGCAUGCACCAGUACUCGCGCCUGUUCGGAACCGCCCGCGUUCCGACCGACGCCGGCUGCCAGAUCGAGCAGGACCCCGACUCCAAGCACAUCAUCGUCAUGUGCCACGGCCAGUUCUACUGGUUCGACGUGCUCGACGACAACUCGGACCUCAUCAUGACGGAGCGCGACAUUGCCGUCAACCUGCAGACCAUCAUCGACGACGCUGCGCAGACGCCCAUCCAGGAAGCCGCCAAGGGCGCCUUGGGCGUGCUCAGCACCGAGAACAGGAAGGUCUGGUCGGGUCUAAGGGACGUCUUGAUGAGGGAGCCCGGCUCCAACAAUGCCGACUGCUUGAAUUUUGUCGACACGGCCCUCUUUGUAGUCUGCCUGGACUACUCGGAACCCACCACGGCCGCCGCGCUCUGCCAGAACAUGCUUUGCGGCACCAGCGAGAUCGAGAAGGGUGUCCAGAUCGGCACCUGCACCAACCGGUGGUACGACAAGCUGCAGAUCAUCGUCUGCAAGAACGGAAGCGCCGGCAUCAACUUUGAACACACCGGCGUCGACGGCCACACGGUGCUGCGCUUCGCCAGCGACGUCUACACCGACACCAUCCUCCGCUUUGCGAGAAGCAUCAACGGCAAGGCCCCGACGCUGUGGGCGUCCACCAGCCCCGACCCGUCCAAGCGCGACCCCGAGAGCUUUGGCGAUGUCAGCACCACGCCGCACAAGCUCGAGUGGGACAUGACUCCCGAGCUCCGCAUCGCCGUCCGCUUCGCCGAGACCCGGCUGGCGGACCUGAUCGAGCAGAACGAGUUCCAGUGCCUCGACUUCAACGCCUACGGGAAGAACUUCAUCACCGCCAUGGGCUUCUCGCCCGACGCUUUCGUGCAGAUGGCCUUCCAGGCGGCCUACUACGGCCUGUACGGACGCGUCGAGUGCACUUACGAGCCCGCCAUGACCAAGAUGUACCUGCACGGCCGCACCGAGGCCAUCCGCACCGUGUCAGAAGAAUCCGUCAACUUUGUCCAGACCUUCUGGGCCGACAACCCGGCCGAGAAAAAGAUCGAGGCCCUCCGCAAGGCCUGCCAACGUCACGUCGCCACGACCCGGGAGUGCGCCAAGGCCCAGGGGUGCGACCGUCACUUGUACGCUCUCUUCUGCCUCUGGCAGCGCACCGUCGACGGGGACGCCGGCAGUUACCUCUCCGGAACCAACGGCUAUUCCAGCCCGAUCGACAAUUUCUCCGACCGCGGCACCGGCGGCGGCGGCGACGGCAGCGUCAGCAGCAGCCCUCCGCGCGAGCCCGCAUACCUUCUCGACGGCUCCACCGCCACCACCGCCACCACCAACAACAACAACGCCAUUCAUUCCACAAGCAUCAACGGUAACGAUGAGAGCAGUCACCCAACAAAGCCAACAGCAACAACCUCCCGCGCACGAAACGACAGCAUCCAAUCGUCUACCGGGCGUACCUCGCCCUCCCUGGCCACGUCCAAUCAACUGCCCGCCAUUUUUGCCGACCCGGGCUGGGACAAGCUCAACACCACCAUCCUCUCCACGUCCAAUUGCGGCAACCCCUCUCUCCGCCAGUUCGGCUUCGGUCCCGUGUCCGGCGACGGCUUUGGCAUCGGCUACAUCAUCAAGGACGAAGGCAUCUCCAUCUGCGUCUCGUCGCGCCACAGGCAGACCCGCCGCUUCGUCGACACACUCGAGAGCUACCUGCUCGAGAUCCGGCGGAUUCUGAGGAUCGCCGCCAACUCGGGGUCCGCAGGCAGGGCCGGUCCCGGUGUGUGGGCGAGGGGCGGGCCGACGAGCCGGGCAAGGGAGGUGGAAGGCCUGCGGGCAGGCUAUGGCACCAAGGCGGAGGCCGGCAAGGUCGCCGGCGGUCAGGGCGGUCAGGGAGGCGGUGCUACUGCUGCCAGCAGCCAUGGUAGCGCUAGUGGCAGCAGGGCGAGGCUGAGGGGGCGGCUGAUCACGAGCGGCUCCAAGGCCGGGUCAGAAGGGGGCGUAAAUGGGAGCAUCUCAUCGCCCACGGAUGAAAGCCUGGCCCUAAGCGAGGAUGAUGAGCUGGGUGGCUAUGGAUUCUUCGACGCGGGAAUGCUUCUCCAGGCGCUCAAGGCGCGGGGAGACAACAACAGCGGCGAGUCGAAGCCAUCGGAGCGCGCGGCGGUGCAGGCGCGGAGACGCGGGAUUGGGAAGAAGCUGAGGUUGGUCGAUUACUAGCAAGCUCGUGUGUGAGUGCUGUUGGGCAUCGGGUACGGAAACCGGGCUUGUACCUUGUGACAUAUAAUACAUACAUACUGGGCGC